CCCCGCCCACCCUUUUACGCUGGGCUGCCGCUUAGUGUUAAUCUGUGCGCACCGCACAGCUGCAAAGAUACCGGAGUCAGUCGGUGGCUCCAUAAGGAAACUGCCCUUUCUCCUCCUUCCAAACGGACUGGGCGGGGAAGCUUCACACACACACGGACUAGGGAGGGGACAGCGUGUGAAGCAGCCGCUCCUGGAUCUAAACGCUGUGGAGAUGAGCAGCCUGGCAGCGGGGGAUGGUGCCGGAGCGCCAUGAAUCCCCAUGUACAACAUGCCUCAGACUUUGAUACAGGAGGUAGCGCUAGUUACCCUGCCUUGCCUGCGAAUAAUGCUAUGCCCAGCCCGGCUGUGGUGUCCGCUGUCGGAGCGGUAAGUGGGAUGGAGCCCGCGGAGAAUCGCUCCAUCAGUAGGAAGCGGAGUCUGAGCGCACCGGCUCACGGGUGUCUGGAGCUUCUCCACCGACCCACUGAGGAUGGCAAGAACAGCUGCUGGUACCCUGACGGCCUCUGCCAAGCGCCCACUACAGGGGACUUGUGCGCUGAUGAGCCCGUCCCAUGUACCGACCCUCCGUCUUCCUCUUCCCGUCUGAUCCUGGCUGUGGUGAUCUGCUUGCUGGCAGUGUCCCUAUUCCAUCUGGCUCAGGGUAUUGGCCAGCCCUCUCCUGCCGGGGAGUUGUGCUUCACUGUGUUGCUGCUGCGCUGCUUCGUGUACCUGGCCUGUGCCCUGGGUGCCCUCAUUCUUGGGGCCUUCUGUGUCUUGCACCGGACUGGCCGACCCACCGCUCUCCCAGACUUCACUCGGGCCGCCCGCACUACAGGGAGUUUGCUGCCUCGGAUUGUACAUGAACCAGUCCAGCCGAGGAGAGUGGUUAUCUCUCACAACAUGGAUAAGGCUUUGAAGGAAGUGUUUGACUACAGCUACAGGGACUACAUCCUUUCCUGGUAUGGCGAUCUCACCAAGGACGACGGCCAACUGUAUCACUUUUUGUCUGAUGACUUCUGGGAGUUGGCCAGGCAACUGCGCAGUCGGCUCACCCAUAUUGAUGUUGUCAGGGUGGUCUGCAAUGAUGUAGUAAAAAAUCUUCUGGCGCACUUCUGUGAGCUCAAGGCUGCGAGUUCUAGACAGGAUGAGCAGCCAAGACUGUUUGCUCUCCACCCCUGUUUAAAAAAUUCAGAAGAAGAGGUCAAGUUCUUGCAGUCAUGUGCUCAGGUUUUGGUUCUCUGCUUGCUGCCUACACGGGAUGCACGGUCUCGCUGCCUACGGAUUGUACUCUCAGAAAUCCUUGCAACUAAAGUGCUGAAGCCCUUGGUGGAGCUGCUGAGUGAUCCGGAUUACAUUAAUCAGAUGUUGCUCAGCCAGCUCGAGUACAGAGAACAGGUGAAUGAGCGUCACAAGAAGGCCUACACAUAUGCUCCUUCCUAUGAGGAAUUUAUCAAGCUCAUCACAAGCAGUUCAGAUGUUGAGUUCCUGAAACAGCUACGGUAUCAGAUAGUAGUGGAAAUCAUUCAAGCAACCACAAUUGGAAGUUUUCCCCAAAUGAAAAGGCAAAAAGAUCCAAAAGGCAAAGAAACGGCUGCAAUGAAAGCUGACCUCCUGAGGGCACGCAAUAUGAAAAGGUACAUUAACCAGCUGACCGUUGCCAAAAAGCAGUGUGAGAAGAGGAUCAAACUCCUUGGUGGGCCUGCUUAUGAUCAGCAGGAUGAUGGAGCGGUCGAUGAUAGUGAGUGCCCCCAAAGCCAAAAGAUUCUACAGUUUGAUGAGAUUUUGGCCAACCCAUCAUUCAGGGAGCAGUUCCGAUUAUACAUGGAGAGGAUUGACAAGAGAGCUUUGAUCAGUUUUUGGGAGUCUGUGGAAUACUUGAAAAAUGCAAAUAAGACCGAAAUACCUCAAUUAGUUGGUGAAAUUUACCAAAAUUACUUUGUGGAGAGCAAAGAUAUCCCUGUAGAGAAACCUCUGUACAAAGAGAUCCAGCAAAGCCUCGUUGGCAAUAAGGGGACUGAAGUAUUUAACAAGAUACAGGCCGAUGUGUAUGAGACCCUGAAGGACCGAUAUUACCCCUCAUUUAUUGUCAGUGAUUUGUAUGACCGGCUCAUUCGAAAAGAGGACAACGUCUCCUGCUCGUGUGUCACAGACGAUAAGGAGGACGGGAUGCAGGCGUGUGAAGGCAAUGAGGAAAUCUUGGAUGAGUGCAAUGGGGGGAUCACCGAGCAAGCCAGCUAUGCUGUAAAUAAACUGCAGCAGCUCACAGACAGGCUGGACUAUAAAAGGCAGGCGCUGAACUCCAUUAUUAAUGCACCUAAACCCGACAAGAAGAUUAUUUCAAAAUUAAAAGAAGAAAUUGCCUUAAUGGAGAAAGAGCAAAGUGAUCUCGAUCUUCACAUUUCACGAACAGAUUUGUGGUGUGAAAAUCUUGGGAUGUGGCGUGCUGUAAUAAACACCAGUCAGGUUUCAGAAGAGAAUGGAGAACAAAUGCCAAGUUACACAGUGUCGGUAAAUUUGCCCGACUCUGGAGAAUCAGAAAACAGAAACUGGAUCGUGCACAGGAAGCUGAGUGAAUUCCAGAAUCUGCACAGGAAACUCAGUGAGUGUUUCCCUUCACUGAAGAAAGUGCAGCUGCCUUCUCUGAGCAAACUUCCUUUUAAGUCCAUAGAUCAGAAAUUUUUGGAGAAGUCCAAGACCCAAUUAAAUCACUUUUUGCAGAAUCUGCUGACGGAUGAGAGGCUGUAUCAGAGUGAAGUGCUUUACGCCUUUCUGAGCCCUUCCCCUGAGCACCUGAAAGCCAUUGAUAUACAGGGCAAGAAGUCCUCCUUCUCAAUCUCUUCCUUUUUGGAAAGAUUUCCAGGGGAUUUAUUCUCCCACCAAGAGGAUGAAACAGAAGAGGACAGUGACCUAUCGGACUAUGGGGAUGACGUUGAUGGGAAGAAAGAUGCCUUAGCUGAGCCAUGUUUCAUGCUAAUAGUGGAGAUUUUUGAACUGCGGGGAAUGUUUAAAUGGGUCAGAAAAACUUUAAUUGCACUUGUACAAAUCACUUUUGGAAGGACCAUCAACAAACAAAUCCGUGACACAGUGAAUUGGAUCUUCAGUGAGCAGAUGCUGGUUUACUACAUAAAUGUGUUCCGAGAUGCUUUCUGGCCCAAUGGAAAAUUAGCUCCUUCGAAAACCUCUAGGACAGAGCUGCAGUGCCAGGAAACCAAACAGAGAGCUCAGCAAAAACUACUUGAAAACAUUCCCGAUGCACUGCAGAACCUGGUUGGACAGCAAAAUGCCCGUCAUGGUAUUAUCAAAGUAUUUAAUGCACUCCAGGAGAACAGGGCUAAUAAACAUCUACUGUAUGUGAUGAUGGAGCUGCUGCUUGUAGAACUGUGCCCUGAAGUAAGAAGUCAGAGCAAUUGAAGCUUGCCUGGCUAAUGAUAGCACAAAGUGAACCACUACUUUAAUGUCUGUUUAACAAUAGACAUGAAAAUGAUUUUCCUCUUUUCCACAGAGGGUUAAUUGAAGACUACUUUUCUCAUGCCCAUUGGUUUUCUUCUCAAUUAAUGUGAAGUUUGCUGGCUGAAGAGGAAGAAGUUGCUGUAGGAAGUGUAGACAUAAGGAAACGAUGCUGCAUUGUUAGCGCUUUUAUUUAAAUAAAUUGGGUUACUGUUCCCUUAAGGGCAGGAAUGGAGCGCUAAUGGACUGUAAAUACAGGGAUCCUCUUUUAAGCCCUUCAGCUCCGACUGGGACCAUUUAAGCCCUGGAUGUGUGAGAUGUAAAAGGACAUGCCACUUCUCUGAAUGUUGUACAGAUAAUUUCCUCGGCGAGGAAGCGAACAUUCCUUUGUUCUUUACAUUGUAUUGAAGAAUGUUUUGUGCAAUACUCUCUGUAAUGUUACUUGUGAAUAUUUUAUUCUGGAUUUUAUUUUUACCAAAGACUGCCCAUUAUUUAAACUAUUUGUAAGCAAUAAAUUAAAUAUGGACAUC